GUGUAGGCCGUCAAUGUAAAUAAGAAUGUGUUAAACUGACUUGCCUAGUUAAAUAAGGUUACUUUAAAUAUAUAUAUAUAUAUACAUUACACACAAAGCUGUUGCAAAUGACUGUUACCAUGAUUUCAGCUGUGGAUUUUAGAAUAUUUUAUUGUUGGAUCAAAUUAUAUAGCCAUCAAGCCCCAAAAAAUGUAUAUGGUCACUUAUACUUCAGUUUAAAGCUAAUUGCUAUUCUUCUACUGGUAAUAUUUUCUAAAUGUUGUAAAUUAUUUAGUACUUUAAAAUAAUAAAGGUCUUGUAACGCAUGAAUCCACCCUAUCACAUGACCUGUUGUCACGUGACCGGAAGUAUGUGAAGCAGUCGAAUGUGAGUAUUUUGAAUAAAGACACAUUUACCUCGUAAUACAUGUUUUCACUGUCAGAUGCAACUGUUCAAUUUUCAUGCAGUAAUGGCACAUUCAUUCCUAAAUUAUGCAGAAUAUCUAUGCUGAAGAGAGGAUAUUUCACAAAUGCCACCUUACAUUUUUAGCUAGCUAGCAGCAUUAACCUCCAUGGCUCUCAGUCCCGAGAGGCUAACGUUAGCUACUAUCAAAACAACACAUCUAGCUAUUUAGUGGCGCAAGAAGCAGACCACUAACAGUCAAACACAAUGGACGACUCUGAUCAAGACUUCGUGGACCUCUGCUCUAAGUUGCUCAAACGAGUACGUAGAAAAGCUGGCGUAACCCAGAAGAGAAGUGUUGCAGAGCCCUCAUCCCAGGACACUGUGAAAAACAUACCCACCAAAAGGGUGACGAAUAGGAGGAAGAAGAAAGAUGUUGGCCCAAGUUCAAAGGGAGCUUUGGGUAACAACUCUGAACACGUUUCCUCCACCUCUACCACUUGUGAUGACCCAAACCGACUUCCCUCCAAUACAGACAAAUCUAAACAAGCAGUGGUCAAUGGAGGUAUUGAACUUGGUGUAGGAGAGAAUGGGUCAUCAGUGGCUGUGGAUGUUGCUGGGUCUCAACCUGAGGGUAGGGGAAUGGGGGUGAAGGAGAAAGUGCUACACAGGAUGCAGCAGUUCAAGAGAGUCAAUCCACAGAAGCUGGUGCAUGGUGAGAGGAAUCAGCCUGCAGCCACAGGGAGUGAAAGUGACAGUGCUGCUCCCCAUCCACUGCCAGAUAAUGAAGUUCCAUCCACCUCCGCCUCUUCUCCCCUACCACUGGACCCCCAGGUGGAUGACUCGGAUGAGGCCCUGGCCCUGCGUCUACAGGAGGAGCUGGACAGGGAGGCCCAGGCUGUGGCCCAGGGUAGUUUAGUGGACCUGGAGCAGGGAGGCCUGUUCUUCUGUCAGCUCUGCCAGAAAGACCUGUCUGCCAUGAGCCCCACAGGACGCACCCAACACAUCAACAGGUGUCUAGACGAGAGUGAGGACAGUGCUGCCCCCGCCCCUCCUCCCGCUCCCAGCGUCCCAGAAUGCCCCAUCUGUGGUAAACGGUUCAAGUCCCAGAUGAGUCGCGCGGCCCACCUCAAGCGUUGCUCCUCCACGAUGGGCGUGGCUCCUGCCGAGCUGCUGCAGGCUGUACAGAGACAAGUUGCAGAGGGCCUGACUGACAGCACCGCCAACCAACCUCUGCAGGCCGGAGUUUCCAAGCGUAAAGGCUCCACAGACCCCAGCCUCCCGGGCAGGAAGAAGCCCAGAAAGAAGCCCCUUGGCCUGGAUGAAGACACCAUGGUGGCCAUGGCCCUGUCCCACUCUCUACUGGAGCAGGAGAAAGAGAUGGAGCGGGAGAUGCAGAGAGAGUUACAGAGGGAGAGAGAAGGUGGUCAGCAGCUCCCAGCCGUCCUCCCUCACAUUUCUCUGUCACCAUUGAAGUGGAGAGCUGAACCAAGUAAGACGGGUAAGGGGCGUGGCAAGAGGAAAAAGGGUGCACCCCCUCGCCCCCCUCCCCUCCUCAUGGUCCAGGACUCGGAGACAGCCCUGAGGCGACUACAGGAGCGCGUGGCUGGCCUCCUCCUCCGUACCCGCGCCCCCUCGCCUCCCACCCCCACACGCUGCCCCAGCUCCCUGCCCUCCUGCAGAACGGGUGCUGGCCCCCUCUGGCAGAAGAGUGCGCUGCGGGACGGAGGGCCGAAGGUCAUCUCUGAGUUCUACACCCCAGAGCUCAGAGAAUUUAUACAGCCUUGGGUGUCUGUAAAGAUGGAUAUGGUGUUUCCCACCAAGGGCAUGCCUGGAUCCUCCACCAACCUUUCAUUAACAGAAAGCAUCUCUGUGACCAAGCAAUCUAUCCCUUCCUCCCAACAACCAGUCUCCUCCACCCAGGCAGCCCCCUCUUCGCUCCCUUCCACCCCAGGGACAGGGCACCUUCCAGUGGGCAGCCAGACUCUGUGUGACCUGAUGGAGCUGGCUGAUGAGGGAAUGACCCUCACACAGUGGGGCUAUUCUACCCCAGGACCUACCAGAGACAAAGAGAACACUGCUACAGACUUCCACCUGAGUGGCUUUGUUCCUGAGAGCACAGACGAACCCCCUGACCUGUGUCUCAGUGGCUUCAUCCCAGAGAGCAGUAGAAACACUGAAAGCCAUCAGAUGAGAUCUCUUCCUCAAAGCAGAAAUACCAACAGGAGCAGCCAGAAAUCAGUGGCGCUGUCCAGGCUGGCCUCUGACCUAACCAGUAUGGUGAACAACCCCCAGUUCAGUGAUGUCCAGCUACAGGUGGACAGUGGGGAGGUGUACUUCACCCAUUCAUUCAUGCUGUAUGCUCGAUGCCCCCUGCUGGCGCAGAUGGUCCAUGACAGUGGAUUUGGGGUGCAGGAGGACGGCAUGCCCUCAGCCCAAAGGGUGUUGUUGGGUGAGGUAUCAGGCCAGGCGGUAUAUACCCUGCUCCAGUACCUCUACACAGCCCACUGCCCCCUCACACACACCUUGCUGCCACACGUUCAGGAGCUGGCAGCCAGGUUCAACCUGGAGGAGCUGCAGCAGCUGUGCCAGCUCUACCCAGCUCAGACAGACCUCCACAGAGGUGUAGAGGGACAGGGGGAUCAGUGGGGAGACUACCCAGCCCAGGAGCACCAAUCUGGGGGAGAGGAGGAGCACCAAGACCAGGUCUUCAUGGAGCUCCUCCGCUCUAUGUGGAAUGAAGAAGAGGUUGAGGAAGAUGAGGACAGAGGAGAGGAAGGAGGGAUUGCGAUGGAGGAGGAGGGGCGAGGGGAUGGCGUGACGAUAGAAGAUGGAGAGACGAACGAAGAAAGGGUGAACGAAGAAGAGAUGGAGGAGAUAUAUGAGUUUGCUGCCACUCAGAGAAAGAGGGAUGAAGGAAAAGGGAGCGAAAAGGAAGAAUCAGAAGAGGAGGAGGAGGGAGGAGUGACAUUUUUCACAGAGACAGAAGAAGAGCAGGAGGCUCCAAUCCAAGCUCAGUCAUUGGCUGAACACUCAGAUAAGGGUGAAUUAACAUGCAUGAUGUCCCCUCAAACAAAACCUCCCAGUUUAGAGGCAGACAUGGCUAUUGGUGACAUCGACACAGACCGGGGGAAUCCAAAUAGGAUAAAAACUGAUCUCAGCAAAUCAGAAGGUAGAGAUCUAGAACGUUCUAGAACAGGCGCCAUGGAGUCAGACGUCACAAGCUCAAGAAGUGUUGGAGAGGUAUCAACGACAAAAAGCCUCCACUCCAGUCCGAUUGACGAUCAAGAACUAAACGCUAGUCUAGACCGUAGCUACAGCCGCCUCUUCUCUGACUCUUGGGGGGUCUAUGAGACGCAGGAGGAGCCCCACACCUCCCCACCAACACAACCAUCCUGCCACUCCCAACCCCACACGGCUAUCCAGAAACCCUCCCACUCCCAGCCCCCCAGGACCAUGGUAGUGGAUGGUGCGAGACAGCCAGAACUCACCUCCCCACCCCCACCGUCCUCCUGCUCCCAGCCCACAAGGGUGAGGGUCGAUGGGGGUACGAGACAGACAGCGAUCCCUACCCUCCAGUACUCAGCCAUUGAAAUCAUUGACCUCUCCAUCAGUCCUCCUCUGGUCCCUGGUGUAUCCGCCCUACCUGUUCCUGGUUUGUCCCCAGGGGAAGUGACUGACACCGGGGCACGAGUUAGGACGAAGGGAGUGGUGAGAAGAGGGAAAGUUCCUGUGUGUAAGGAGAUACUCCAAGAGAAGGUACUGUCUAGUCCAGCGGACUUAAAGAGAGAGAGUUAUGGCCCGUAUAGUAUUUCUGUACCCGUCUCUCCUCCUCACAGUACCAAAGAAGAACCUGAGCUUAUAGUUCUGUCUGACUCUAGUGAAGAGAUGGAGGUAGGGGAUCUAGGACCUACCAGCCCCUCUCCACCACCUACUCGUCUCUCCCAGAACCACCAAGGCUACACCCAAAUCACAACUCAAUCCAACACAGAACCCAAGAAACCCACCUCGAUAACCCAAUCAGACACAGAACCUAAGAAAUCCAGCUCGAAUGAGAAAGAGACUAUUGGUGGUUUUGUGAGGGAUCCUUCUGUCUCACCUUCAGAUCAAGGCUUAGAUCCAGAUCCUCCAGGUUAUAAACCAGGUUCUAACCCUGGUUCUGCUGGUUCUACUAGUCUCAUGGACUGUUCUGCAGAGAUGUCUUGGCUCAUCCCGGCCACUCCGCCCCUGCCGUCCAGGAGGACGAGCUCUACCCAGACCUUUAGUAGCAUGCGUCGCACUCAGCUCUUUCCUAAGGCCAACUCUUCUUCCUCCUCUUCUGCAGCGUCAGUUUUCUCCUCUCCCACCCUCCCUUUCAGGCCUAGCCGCCAGACCUCACACCCACCCAGGGUUUCUACACAUUCUGCCCAGACAGAGUCCUCUAUUUCUAGGCAGAAAUCAGACAGCAGAGGGCUUCGGCACUCCAGCUUGGGUCUCGACCAUGACGACCUCUCUUCCCAGAAAUACAACAGUGGUUCUGGAUCCACAGUCCCCUCCAAGUCCCAACCAAAACGCUCCCGCCUGACCCCCUCUCUCUCCGUCAUCCCCCCACCAGACCCCUCCACUAAGGGUACUCCUCUCCACAACAUCCCCCAGCCAUACAGCUCCACUCCCCUUUAUUCAGAUCUACCCAAGCCCUCUGCUCCGUCUCUGGCCUCCCCUCUUCUGAGAGACGGGGAGGGGGACAACGGAACCAGGCAGAGAGGGAGGGGGCUGGGGAUCUCUGGGAGCCCAUGGAAGAGAGGGGGAGAGGGGUCUCUGGGCCUAUCCCUCUCGGACCCUUCCGACCCAUCCUCGUCCACACAUAAGGAGUCCCUUACCCAACCGAGAGAGAACAGCGGCUCCCCCGGACAACGCCGACCAUCCAGUGAGUCUAAAUACUUCCACAGCCCAGGAGAUAGCGAGACGGGGGGAGAGAAAGAGAGGGGGGUGAGAGAGGAAUCGGAUGAGAUUAUGAAAAUGGAGGAACUGGAAAGGAGUGUAGUGAAAGAGGAAGAGCAGGAGGAAGAGAUGGGAGAAGACAUGGAGAGGUCCAGUAACAGCUUUCAGCAGAGCUUCCUCAGGAUGGACGAGCCACCCAUGGCCUUCGAUGACUCCUGGGGCCUAAACGCAGGAGGAGGGGACACGGACGGAGAGCGAUCCCAGGCAGUGUGCUUCAGUCUGAGGCUAGAGAGCAGUGGUGGUGGGGCUAGUCCUCCAAGACAGGGCCGGAGAGAUGGAGAGAUUGCAGGAACAUCCUCUACUUUUACCCCCUCUCCUCUUCCUAAAGCCUACACCACCCCCUCUCCACCUCCGCCCAACACCACUACACCCCAGGCCAACCCAGAGAUCAACGCUAGCCUCCUGGACCCUGAGAUCUGGGACGACUGGGGGCAGGAAGAGUAUGAGGCUCUUCCUCUCUCUCAGAGGGUGAAUCCUGUAGCUCUGGCUCAGAGAGUGGCCCAGCUCAAGACUCCAGUGGCCCCCCGUAGGAAAGGCCAGCAGGGCCCCCUGGUCCCCAUCACCCCCAUGCCCAGCUACUCUGACAUGGACACACCUGACCUCAAGAACAAACUCAACAGAUUCGGUGUGCGUCCCUUACCCAAGCGCCAGAUGAUCCUGAAGCUCAAGGAGAUCCACCAGUACACCCACCAGGUUGUCAGCUCAGAGUCAGAUGACGAGGCACCUUCCCUGGGUCGCCCCAGAGCCGUCGGGCCCCCACCCACCACCAUGGAGCCCACCAGAAAGCCAGUGUCCUGUGCCCAGGCUGGGGGGUUUAAAGAGCCUGGUGGAAAAGCAGCACCUACCGUCUCCCUGGUGAAACUGCCUGGUGAGGAGGAGGACAUGGAGCCUCUCUCUGCCUCUCAGGGAUCCAAUACGUCCUCCACAGCACCCAGUGAAGACUCUGAGAGGUCUAAUCCAGAGCAGUGCCUCUCUGACGACUCGGAUAACGACAACAUUACUGCCUCGCAGUCUGCCUCCAAGCUCCAGGACAAGCUCAUCGCUGUCCGUCAUUUCAUCCAGUCAGACCCUGACCUCUAUGGGCAAAUCCUCCACUACCAGCCCCUGGUCCUGUCAGACCUCCAGGCCAGACUCAAGGCCGCAGGUAUCCAGCUGGGGGCCGCCAAGCUACUAGACUACCUGGAUUCCCAGUGCAUUACGUUUACCACAGCCAAGCCUGGACUGAGGGGAGGAAGAAAGAGAAGAGGGAAGGGGGCGACCAGGGCUGGAGGGAGGGGAAGGAGAGGGAGAGGGGCAGCUAAAACAGCAGAUUGAAGUUACCUUUGAGGGGAUACAGUGGAGGCAAAGGUGGAUUUUGAAAGGAUUUGCGGGAAAUAAUUGAGUUUAAACUAAAUCAGUUACUACCUUUGAGUUCUGGUUGAACUGUUUCCUGUUUAUAUUGGUUGGAUGUUGGACUUUUAGAAUUAAGUCAUGUUUAUGUUCUCUUCCUGGUGUCCUAUCUUUAUAGCAUGCUAUACUAGUCUGGACUAAGCCGUUUUCACUGGGUUAUUGAACUAUGCUGUCCACAAGCCAAAAUAGUUCACAUUCAAAACCCCUGGAUUACCUGGGAAUAACUCCAACACAAAGGAAAAUCGUGAAAAAUAUUUUACUGUUUUUCUCCAAAGACCAGCCAAGAAAUAGACUUCAUUCAAUCUGAGCACAAAUCAUGUUGGGGCAGGGAGGUACUUGUUAAAAAGAAAACACAAGCGGAAGAAAAAUCAGACACUCUUCAUGAAUUAGUUCUUCUGGUUGAUUAGCCAAUCAGGAACAGGCAUUUUCCUUGGAGGUGGAGCGUUCAGUCUAAAAGUUCGUAGCUUCAGGACCAUUCAGGGGUACAGCAAUGUGUGUGUGUCACACACUCCCCUAGCACGGUGCAGAUAUCAGUAUUCCUUUGAACCCAAAAUACUGGGUACAAAAUACAGGAAGCCCACUAAACUGUAGCUUCAGAACCAGAAUGUCCUCUCUCCACCCCUCCAGCACCUCUUCUUCUGAUCACAGCUUGGCCCAUGUGGCUUCCACGCAAGUUAGCACCUCCUGUCCCUUCUCUCCCUGUCACGACAGGUUAGCGAUGUUGGCCAGGAAGCGCUGGGCCCACCACUCCUCCAGGUCUAUAGGCACAAAGUCUGUAAGGAGACGGGGAAUAGGUGCUAAUGAGAGAACAUUACUAUUAUGGUACGUCUGUCUGGAUCUCACAAGUCUGCAUGGAGAGAAGGAGAGGCAAUAGUGUGUGAAAAAGGAAACAGUAUUGGUGAGAUUUUUGCUAAUUGAGAUAUUACAUUUGUGCUUCACUCUUUCUCUCUGUAACCUCAAACAGUACUGUCCAUCUACUGUUAAGUAACUGUCCAAUGACCUACAGAGUGAACAGGACUGGGCUGGUUUUUGUGUGAAAUCAGCAACCAGGAGGAGUGACAGUUUAUCCAAGGUGAGAGACUGAUAGUUGUUCAGAGACCAGAGAGUUAAACAUUAAAACAAAAGCUUGC